AAAAAUUUAGGAGUAAGCUGUGUGUGUGUGGCAGUCCUGAUUUUGUUUUGUUCAUGGUGUACUUCAGAGCUAUGUUAUGGAGCGUUGUUGGUUAUCCUGAUUAGUUGCCGGUUUUUCUUCGUCAAGUUGCAUUCGCAUGCACUGGCAUGCACUCUGAACUGCACUAAAUUAGUAUAGCAAAAUAAAAUAGGUUAGUACUCUGUAGUUUUGUUUGUAGGAAUUGUAAGUAGGAACUUGGAACUUUGUGUGGCGUAUUUUGUGGUUAAUCUUAGAUUAAGGUUACAACAAUACAUGGAUUGAAUGGAAUCAUCUUGAAUUGAAUCGAUGUUGGUUAUUUAUUAGGUAUUAUUCAUCCUGUUCUAGGAUUUAGGCGAUGGCAAGCGAAAUGUUCAACACAUAUCAUUGCACGCACUGUCAAUAUAAGAUUGACGGUCUACGAGUGCGAUGUACGGUGUGCCCCAAGUUUGAAAUGUGUUUACAGUGUUUCUCAAAUGGUGCUGAAAUUGGAUCUCACAGGAAUGAUCACCCUUACCAAUUUGUGGACUCUGUGGCACUUGACGUGUUCAAAGACCGCUCAGGAUGGUCAGCUCUGGAAGAGAUCAAUCUUCUCAACGCCAUUGAACAUUAUUCCUACGGAAAUUGGAAAGAUAUUGCGCAACAUAUCGGCACAAGGAAUGCUGACGAGGCCAAGGAGGAGUAUGUGAACCGGUUCCUGGAAGGGAGCAUCGGUCAGGUAACCUGGCCAGCGGUGAGUCACUGCCGACCUGUGCUCCGAGAUCUGGUGGAACCAGAUGAUGGGCCUCUGGCUCCCAACAUCGUGUCCACCUUACCUCCGCUGGAUAUCCGAACCCAAGAAGCUCAGCAGCUCGACUACUAUCCCCUCAGAGAUGACUUUGAGAUUGAAUACGACAACAGCGCAGAAACCCUGGUGUCGUCUCUCACUCUAGUCAAUGGAGAAGACGAUGAUCUUGAUAUCGCCCUCAAGUUGACACCAGUGACAUGA